CUGGCUAGCUACGUGUGAAUGCGUGUGAGAGAGUGUCAGUUUUCUGGGUUAGAGGAGCAGGAGAGGUUUCUCUCCACUUUAUCGACUCAAAAACGGCGGCUGCAGCAGAUUCAGAGACUUUGGCCGUUUUUAAUGCAUUAAGCCUCGAGUGGUGGAGAAUUAUAUGUGUUUUUAAAUUGUGGGGAUCUCAAAACGAAUUCCUGGAUCGGGGAAGCGGGGCCUGUGGAGGAACAGACUGCGGCCCUCCUUUAUGAUCCGGCCGAAGCCAUUCUAAUCCAGCCCGCAUCGACAGCUAGCUAGCUAGCCUGUUACACACCGAGGGAACUGCGAAAUCGAGAAGGCGAUCAGGGACAGAGCCAUCUCUAACAAAGACAACAAUAACGCUACCAUAUCUUGGUCCUGAAACCUUAAAGACUCCUGUCACGGCGAUGGCUGCGAUCAUAAAGGAAAUGGUCAGCCGAAACAAAAGGAGAUACCAGGAAGAUGGAUUCGAUUUGGACUUGACCUAUAUUUAUCCUAACAUUAUCGCUAUGGGCUUUCCUGCUGAAAGACUUGAGGGCGUCUACAGAAACAACAUAGACGAUGUAGUGAGGUUUCUGGAUUCUAAACAUAAACACCAUUACAAGAUAUACAAUCUAUGUGCAGAAAGACACUAUGACGCUGCCAAAUUUAACUGCAGAGUUGCACAGUACCCCUUUGAAGACCACAACCCUCCCCAGCUAGAGCUUAUCAAACCUUUCUGUGAAGACCUUGACCAAUGGCUGAGUGAGGAUGACAAUCACGUUGCGGCGAUUCACUGUAAAGCGGGAAAGGGACGUACGGGCGUCAUGAUUUGUGCUUACUUACUGCACCGAGGGAAAUUCCAGAAAGCACAAGAAGCAUUAGACUUUUACGGUGAAGUGAGGACCAGAGACAAGAAGGGAGUGACGAUUCCCAGCCAGAGGCGCUACGUCUUCUACUACAGCUACCUGCUGAAAAACCAGCUGGAGUACAAACCAGUGGCAUUGCUGUUUCAUAAGAUGGUGUUUGAGACGGUCCCCAUGUUCAGUGGAGGAACAUGCAAUCCGCAGUUUGUGGUGUACCAGCUGAAGGUGAAGAUUCACACUUCCAACCCAGCGAACACCAGGCGUGAAGAGAAGUACCUGUACUUCGGGUUCCCACAGCCCCUGCCAGUGUGUGGUGACAUCAAAGUGGAGUUCUUCCACAAGCAAAACAAAAUGUUGAAAAAGGAUAAGAUGUUCCACUUCUGGGUCAACACCUUCUUCAUACCUGGACCAGAGGAGAAUUUGGAGAAAGUGGAGAAUGGAAGCUUGGUGAAGGAGAUGGAUGGGAUACAGCCAGCGGAACGUGUGGAUGACAAGGAAUACCUUAUUCUGUCAUUGACCAAGAAUGAUCUGGACAAAGCAAAUAAAGACAAAGCCAACAGAUACUUCUCUCCAAACUUCAAGGUGAAGUUGUACUUUACAAAAACCGUGGAGGAGCCGUCAAACUCUGAGGCCAGCACUUCGACAUCAGUGACUCCGGAUGUUAGUGACAAUGAACCCGAUCACUAUAGAUACUCAGACACCACGGACUCUGACCCAGAGAACGAACCAUAUGAUGAAGAGCAACACCCACAGAUAACAAAAGUCUGAAAUAUUUUUAUGGGAAAAAAUUGCACCAGAGGAAAAAAAAAAAGGACAAAACUUGAAUACAAACUGAAAGGAAAUCCCUUUUUCCCCCAAACGGCAAUAGAACAUUCGUGUCUUGUUUAAUGCCACCAAGUUAUAGGAACAGUUAUGCUGACCAAUUUUUUUUGUUUUGUUUUGCCCUGUACAUCCACAAGAUGUUGACACUGUUGCCCGUUGGAAAGAGGUUUUUUCGUAGCUGUUAAUGUAUAUACCUAUUUGUGUCAAAAAGACAAUGGAUAAAUGUAAAGCAAUCAGGAGAUGGGAGAUAAGGUAUGGGAAGAGGUUAAGAGUGAAAUAUGAACACGCUGCUCCAUCUCCUGUUGAAACCAAGGCCAGUGCUUUUGUCAGUUUUUCUAUCCUCCUCCUGCUCCACAGCACCCCUCCUCUGCCCCCCAAUCCUACUGUGAAUGCUUCUCAUGCUGUUUGCAGGUCAUGUCACAUGACCCUGAUGUCUGUGCGCAUGUCAGGACUCUGCAGUCUUGAUUAUUAUGAAUAGACUUUGACAUCUAAGCAUUUGCCAUUCCUUCACUGUGUAUUCUGUUGACAAUAUGCAGAAAAAAGGCAUCCUAUGUAAUUGUCAAUGUUUUUUUUAUUCAAAGAUAAUAAAAAAUAUAAUACACAAAACAGCAGGGAAACAGUGUUGCAAUAAUGUUAACACAAUACAUUUAAACAGCAAAAGCAGUGUGCAUGUUAUUGGAAAUUGAUGUCCAUGUUUAAUAAAUGGUGCACAAUGUUUUUUUAAGAGGUUUCACAUUGUUUAAGCUCAUCAUAUUUAGGCUGAUCAUUAACAAAUAGCAUUGAGCAUUUCCUUGGAGUUUGCAGGUAUAACACGCCUUUCUACAAUAGGCAAUCUCAGAUGGGAUCGCAUUGUGUAAUGCAUGGAACUCCCCAUCCAUUAAGCUGUAAGCCAUUUUCAGUAUUCAUCUUGGAAGGUUAUCUUUGUGUGGUACCUGUACAAAAGCGCUUAUCAGUUUCAUUUAGAACUGACCGCUAAGUCGGUGAACUUGUCCCCUUUUUGCGUCGGGCGAGACGGGCGAUGUUGUCUCGUCUCGUUUUGUUUUUCUGUACUGUAGGAGGUCAAAGUAAAUCUGGAUCAUUUCUGUAUCCCAGUAGUGGUGCUUACAAACUGCCAAAAAAAAGCAUUUAUUAAAUUCAAAGUAACUAGGAGCCAAAAAAAAAAAAAAAAAAACGAUGGCUAACAUACGGUGCAAGUGGCAGUAUGGACGUGCACUAUUGUGUGUGGCAGGUGCUAGGUGACGCACAGCCAUGUGCUUAUUUCUCUGGUCGUCUGCAGUAAUUGUCCCUCGCCGAGUUUGUUCAUUCGAACUGCUCUUGUUCCUCCUGGACUGCCAGUAGCACAGCUACAGUUUCAAUGAAAGUCUCAUGCUUGCUUGAGAAGUUAGAGCUCUGUAUACAAAUAUUUAAAUGUAUCGUUUGCAGGCAUGCCAAACUGUCAUAACACUACAGUGCAAUCAAAAAAAAACUACAGUUCCUCUGGCUGGAAUGCUGUGAGGAAAAAAGAUGUAAUCUGUAUGGUUCCACCCUUUUCGUUAGUCCACUAUAUUUGCUGUUCAGCUUGCCUUCGUAUUUUAAAAUAUGUCCUACUUAUUGAAAGGGACAGGGGCUGGGGGGGUUGUAGAAAAUGCUAUAGCCAACCCAAUUCAUACCUUUUUGAUGUAGGCAUAAAAGUGAUUGGUUACGUCUUACAUCACCGAAAAACCUGCCAAAAUUAAGCAUGCUCUAUUUUUUCAUCUUUGUUUCUUUGCCUUACUUGAAGUUGAGUAAAUUUACACUGCUUCUGCUUUCUCGCCCAUGCACUGACUAUAUAGUGGAAGUUCUAUAUGUAAUAUAUGUAUUAAUGCCGUGCGUGGCAUUAAAGCUACAUGUGUUGGAGAUUGACAUGGUUGCUGGUAUGCAGUUUCAGCCUGCUCCAGUGAUGCCAUUUUCCCCCCAUUAAACAAGGCUAUAGAAUCAGUUAGAAGUGGAGAUAGAAGAAAAUGGCUUGUGUGAACUUUCAUUUUUGUAUCCAUGGAUUCCCAUAGACGAAAAUGUCACUUUGACUGAAAAUGUCCUGACUUUUUUUUUUUUGGGGGGGUAAGAAAGAGAAACAUUUUAAUAAAGUGAAACUUUGACAGUAUUCAUGAAUAUCACUGCAAAGACCAUCUGCAGGCUUUUUUCCCCUCUGUCCCUAGACUCUGGAUGCUAUGCUUACUUUGAAUUCUCUGCAGCUUCAAUGUGUGAAUCUAUUCGAGGGCAUCUCCAUUUGGGAGCCCUGUCAGGCCCCAGGCUGUCUCCAGGCAUCUGCAGCCUCUUCUGAAAGUAACUUAUCAGGGGGCUGGGCACUGGAGCAGCCUUUUGAGGCCCUUAACUGUGGCACAGGUGAAAACUACAGUGGAGUUGACAGGCAGCAUUGAAAUGAAGUCUCUGCUUUAAACCUUCAUAGAGGUGCCACUGUGCAAGUUCAAUGUCACUAGCUCUUAGUAUAUUUGUGCAAUAUUGUUAUUACGAUACCUGUGGUUGCCACAAAGUGCCUCUUGUUUACUGUUUGAAAAAAAAAA